UGUUUGAAAUGGAUGAAUUUGUUUGUUUAAGAAAAGAAAAAAGAGAAGAAGUUGGAAGCGCAUUGGAUUUUGGCAGAUUUGUGGCGUUCUAAACUUUUUCAGACAAUUUGCAUCACUUUACUUUACCAACUCUGUCCAACCCCAUUCCUCAUUUUUAUUUCUUCCACCAUCACCCACUACACCUCCUUUUCUCAACAAUCUUCCUUUUCUCUUCACUCCUUCAUCACCAUGAAGAAAAUCAAAUCAGUUUCACAGGAACAACAAUCCCCACCACCCUCCUCCUCCUCUGCCUUUGCGAAUUUAGACGACAAUCUCUUGUUCGAGGUGUUUAAGCACGUCGACGCAAGGACACUCGCCACGGCGGCCGGCGUCAGCAAGCAGUGGUACAAAACCGCCCACGACGAGUGGCUCUGGGAGCUGCUCUGCACCAAACACUGGGCUAACAUCGGCUGUGCUAACCAACAGCUACGCUCCGUCGUGCUUGCGCUUGGUGGCUUCCGUCGAUUGCACUCUCUUUACCCAUUUCCCCCUGUCAUAGGAUCCGCAUCCUGUAUUCCCUGGGGCAAAGACGAGGUUCAUCUCUCCCUCUCUCUUCUCUCAAUUCGGUACUACGAGAAGAUGAAGUUCAAAAACAGACCCACUUCUUGAAUUCUCAAGCUCUUCUGGAUUUUGGAUUUUAGAUUGUUGUAAAAAGACAAAAAUUUGGGUGUUCAAAUUCCCCUCUCCUCCACCGACUGUAUCGGUUUGUUUUAAAUUCAGAGAUUGUUCAGAUUUGGGUGUUCUAAUUUAACUAACUUACAGAUUUUUCUUCUGUCAA